CACACAUUAGACGAAGGACAAGGCGACUGUGAGGUUUGGUAUCGCAACAAUGGCGGUGGCGAACAGCGGAGAGAUCCUAAUGCUGGAAGCUCCUCCCCCUACACAGCCGGCGUGGUCCACCAGUGCUGAAAUCAUCGACGCAUUGCCUUACAUAGACGACGACUAUGGUGACCCCAAAGUCAAAGAAGAGGUUGACCGUUUAGUCGAAGAUGAGAUACGGAGGAGCUCCAAGAAGCCCUCUGAUUUCCUCAAAGACCUACCUCCUCUUCCCAAGUUCAAAUUCGAGAAUCAUCCAAUGCUUGCUAGAGAGUACGAGCGGGUGAGAGCUGGGAAGCCUCCAAUGCCACUUGAUAUGUCACGAUAUGGUCUUGAAACGCCAUCUGUAAACAAACGGAAUGAUGAAACUGCUUGGAAGCAAGCGCUACAAAAAGCUCAACGCUUAUUACAACAUCAAGUGAUCAGGCUAGAAAAUCUGGAGUUUAUGUCAAAACAUGGUGCUGAAGUCUGGAAACAACACAACCAAAGAUUGGAGGCAUUCUUAUCCAGAAUGCGAGCACAAGGUGUGGAACUAAAUGAGAAGAUAGAAAUUGUGAAUCGUGAAAGAAAAUAUCACCAGCAAAACACUGCAUAUGAGCUUAAUGCUUUGUCUGCACAAUGGAAGGAGCUUUGUGAGAAAAAUAUUGAAAUUGAAGCUGCAUGCUUUCAAAUUGACAAUCAUAUUGAGGAACUGAAGAAAGAAGCUAUGGAGAAAGGCUGGAAUUUGGAGGUCAGUAUAGAGAAUGGCUCCUUGCUGCAGUAAGGAAGGGUUGUAGAAAGAGUGACAGAAGCGAGGAAUGUUCUUGAUGUGUCAUGGAUUCCUCCAUUUUUGCUGGUCUUGUUUUCAAUGAACUGCAGGGUGUUGCUGACUUCUGUAUGGAGGAUGAGUUGGUUUCAAUCUUCUACUAGUUUGUGGGUGCAGUUCAUUCUUCAGUGAGCUUUUUGUUCACCCCCCCUUGAGCAAGUGAAUUUUUAACAUGUAUGUUGUAUUUAUCCUCAUUAGUCUGAAUUCUUCCCUCAUUUAAGAAAAAGUGAACCGGAGGCUAAUAACUUUUACAGAUGAUUGCUUUUUCAUAUAUAAGAGACGAAUGAAAACCAUAAUUGAUUUAUAUGUUGUUUCCUUUUUACUAAAGCAA